AUCUGCUCCUCACCAAUAUCGAGCGCGAUUUUGAGCGUGUCACCUCCUCUUAAUUAAAUACAAUGGUGAAGAGGAAGUUGGGGGCCUUGGAAAAGGUCGAAGCUGACCUGCCCAAUCUGCAACAUAAAAUUCGAAGAGACCCCAAGUCUUAUAUCGAGGAUUUUCGCGCUCAGCACUAUCAAUAUGAGAGUCACCGAGAAAUUUUCAUGGCGGCGCCUUCAUCGGCCACCGACACGGGAAUCAUCUCUCUGCGUGAGCUGAUAGAUUUCUUAGCCCAUGUAGCUGAUUGCUAUCCGGACAUAACGAAAGAUUUCGGUCCACAGCUUAUCGAAAUGUUGACACAACACCACUUGCUUCUGGAGCCAGAAUUACGGGAGAAAAUCGUGGGCAGCCUCGUGCUUCUCAGGAAGAAGGAUCUUCUCGAUUCUGCGACAUUGCUUCAAACCCUGUUUCCAAUCCUUAUUACUACCCCAAGCAAGACGCUACGGGCAUUGAUUUUCCAAAAAAUUCUUAUGGAACUUCGAUCCUCCAAUGCAAAGACGACGAAUCACAAGUUGAACCGAACGAUGCAGACUGUUCUUUUUAAUCUAGUGACCUCGGAUCGUACCUCUUCUAAAGGUCUCUGGGCUAUUAAGCUUACGCGCGAACUUUGGAAACGACAAAUUUGGACCGACGCCAAAGCCGUUGAGGUCAUGAAGGAAGCCUGUUUGGCAGAAAAUGAAAAAGUGAUAGUUGGCGGAGUUCGCUUCUUCCUCGGUGGAGACAAAGAACGGGAGGAAAUGGAGGAAGAGAGCAGCGAUGAGGAAGCUAUUGAUCUGGGACGAGUGAAACAUCAGGUUGGGAUUAACAAAAAGACGAAAAAGAAGUCACGCGCUGUGGAAAAGGCAAAGGCCACCGUCCAGAGACGGGAGCGCAAGAAGAACCAACCCCAUCCGUUGAAUUUCUCUGCGCUGCAUCUUCUGCACGACCCACAAGGAUUCUCGGAGGGUCUUUUCUCGAAGCACCUCCAGAGUUCCAAGUCGAAGCUGAACCUGGAGCAAAAGCUUAUGGUUCUUCAACUGGUGACUCGUCUUGUUGGGCUGCAUAAACUUCACAUCAUGCACCUCUACUCCUACUUCCAAAAGUACCUCACUCCCCGACAGCCUUCUGUCACCUCUAUUUUGGCCUCGCUUGCUCAAGCAUCGCACGAUUUGGUCCCCCCAGAUGAUUUGGAGCCGCUGAUUCUGAAGAUCGCCAAUGAGUUCGUAUCAGAAGCAUCCGCCUCCGAAGUGGCUUCGGCGGGUCUCAACGCUAUCAGAGAAAUUUGUGCCCGACAGCCACUUGCAAUGAAUGAAUCUUUGUUGCAAGAUUUGGUCAUGUACAGGAAGAGUAAAGACAAGGGUGUUGUGAUGGCAGCUCGGGGUCUGCUCAGUCUUUACCGAGAUCAGAAUCCCGAAAUGCUUAAGCGACGAGACCGCGGCAAAGACGCCUCUAUUGGUCUGCAAUCUGGACAAAGGAAGGAGAAACGGUUUGCUGAACAACAGGUCGGUGCGAUUGAAGGCCUGGAGCUUCUGGAGCAGUGGAAGGAAGAGGAGCGCAAGAAGAGAAGAGCCGAGAAAGGGUUGCCUUCUGAUGCGGAAGAUGAAGACGAAGAAGAGGACGACGAAAACGACUGGGCUGCUUGGAACGUUGAAGAUGAUGAAGAUAGCGAUGAUUCCGGAGGCUGGAUCGACGUCCAGAGUGAUGUGGAGAUUGAUCUCAGUGACUCUGACGAUGAUCAAGCGCGACCUGCUAAGAAGGCCAAGCAAACCGAUGAGGGCGAGGGAACCGCUGAGUCUCAAGCCACGGAAAGCAAGCCAGGGCCCAAGAAACCGAGCAUCGCAACCACCCGUAUUCUUACCCCAGCUGAUCUCGCUAAACUCCAAGAGCUUCGUCAGGAAGCCGCUGUCAACUCGCUUCUUCCAGGAUCUAGGCGCCGGGGUGGUCAAGCCCCUGACGGCCCACGACAUGCGGAAGACCCAUUGACUGCAGCCGAGAUUGAGGGAUUGGCUGCCCUAUCUGCGGGAAAGCAAACUCGCGAGGAACGAAUUGCUCACGCCAAGGAAGGCAAGCCUGAUCGAACCGAGUAUAAGAGUGUCACCGCCCGGCGUAAGGAGAAGAAGGAGUCUCAGGGAAAGAGUACUACAAACAAAGAAAAGGCGCGCAAGAAGAACUUCUUGAUGACACUGGGCAAAGCCAAAUCAAAGAACAAGAGGAGUCUUGUUGAGACUCGUGCGGUAUUGAGGGCGCAUCAGGACCGGCAGAAACGGGGUGGCAGGAGAGGAAACCUCGGAUCAAGGACUUAAUUAGAAUGGUUGUAUACAGCUAAAGGAAGCUGAGCUGUGGUUUAAAAAAAGAUAGAUGAAUGAUAUACCUGUACAUACAGCGAGCAUCUCCCUUGUCUCUCUCUCCGUUCCAGGUCCAUCACUUUACAGCCACUAGCCCUCAGUUUGUAAUUCUGUUCACCC